AUGAACGAGGCCAAUAUACUCAAUUUCGAGCUAGGACCCGAGAACGAGCUUCAGCUCGUCAAGCAGUUCAAAUCAUUUCAGCGACAAUAUCUCGCUGUCUAUCUCUUGGUGAUGGGUGCCGAUUGGAUACAAGGCCCUUAUCUAUACAAACUAUACAACUCGUAUGGUCUUGAUUUGACCCAGAUCGCCAUGUUGUUUUUAACAGGUUUUGUCAGUGGUGCUUUUGCAGGAACUGCAGUUGGAUCUCUUGCGGAUACAUGGGGACGCAAGCGUAUAUGCAUUGUAUUUUGUUGUACACUAUUGACAGCACUCUCGCUUCGUCUUGUCAAUGCAUACAUGCUAUUGUUCUUAUCUCAUGUGUUAUCUGGAUUGGCGACAGCAUUGAUGUAUAGUGUGUUUGAAUCAUGGUAUGUCUCUGAACACACUAGCCGAGGAUUUCCCGCAGAAUGGCGUGCUCGCACAUUUGCCUUGGCAACACUAUUGAAUAGUGUGGUAGCUAUAGUGGCAGGUAUAUUGGCCAACUCAUUGGUGAAUAUAUGGGGAUUUAAAGCUCCCUAUGUUGCAUCCAUGCUUUUAGUCUGUUUCGUUGCCACUACUGUUGUUAGCACGUGGACUGAAAAUUAUGGCAGCAAUAAUCAAUCGAAGGAUGUCAAUCUGUUAAAGACAUUGAUCACAGGUCUUGUUACCAUGGCCAAGAGCAGAAACAUUUUGGUGAUUGGCACGGCACAGACAUUUUUCGAGUGCUCCAUGUAUAUCUUUGUGCUACUGUAUACACCAGCUAUCGAGGAAUCUAUCAACAAUGCAGCUGGAUCGUCAUCUACUAAUGUGCCGCUGGGAUAUCUCUUCUCUACCAUGAUGUUGGCGGUCAUGGUGGGCUCAUUGACUUUUCAAGUAAUGGAAACGCAGGCUAAGAAGGGCCCUCGAUUCUGUAUGCAGUUCACAGAGGACCGAUUACUGACACUGGCAUUGGCAUUUGCUUCAUGUGCCUUUAUGCUGAUGGCCUAUCAGGGCCACGCCUCCACCUCCACCUUGUUACUAGCAUAUCAUAUCUUUGAAUUCACCACUGGUUUGUACUAUCCCUCCAUCUCUUCAUUGAAGGCUGAUGCUAUUCCAGAAGAGACAAGAGCAGCCGUCAUGACACUGCUGAGAAUACCCAUGAAUUUAGCUGUUGGUGUCAUCAUGUGGCAUGUGGACGACAUGCCAGCCUCUAUGCUAUUCUCUAUUUGUGGCAUCAUGACAUCUGUUGGCUCUUUCCUCGUCAUUGCUUUCUACCGUCCGUAG